CAGAUUGCGAACUCGGUUUAUCAAGAAGAGGAAAGCCCCCACCACGGAGAGAGAGAGAGAGAGCGAGAGGGAGGCAGACGAAGAAAAGCAAGAAAGAAAAACAAUGGCUCAUUCGGUCCUCUCAUCUUUCCUGUAUCUUUCUCACUACCCACCUCGUGUUGCCUCUUCAAUCAGAGCCUGUGGUUGCAUGGGAACCAGCUACUGGAGGGUGAGCAGGGGCGCAAGAAGGUUUCCGGCUCGCCAUGUCGCUCUUCCAUCGCAGUUCCGAUGCUGUAGCUCGUCCGCGGAGUCGGAAGGGGCCGCGCAGCGAAGGAAGAGAGUUGUCUCUGGGGUUCAACCAACAGGAUUGGUACACCUAGGGAAUUACUUAGGCGCCAUAAAGAAUUGGACUUCGCUCCAGAAUACAUAUGAAACACUGUUCUUCAUUGUGGACCUGCAUGCGAUAACUCUGCCAUAUGAGGCUCCACAACUAUCAAAAGCAACAAGGGAAACAGCAGCAAUUUAUUUGGCAUGCGGUGUGGACACCUCUAAGGCUUCUGUCUUUGUGCAAUCCCAUGUUCCUGCGCAUGUGGAACUUAUGUGGUUAUUAAGUUCUGUCACACCAAUUGGUUGGCUGAACAGGAUGAUCCAAUUCAAAGAGAAAUCACGCAAGGCGGGAGAUGAAAAUGUUGGAGCUGCACUUUUGACUUAUCCCAUUCUUAUGGCCUCUGACAUACUUCUGUAUCAGGCUGACUUGGUCCCUGUCGGUGAAGAUCAAAAGCAACAUUUAGAAUUGACACGUGAGCUAGCUCAACGAGUAAAUAAUUUAUUUGGAGGAAGGAAAUGGAAGAAAAUGGGAGGGAGGGGAGGCACACUUUUCAAGGUCCCUGACGCACUCAUUCCACCAGAUGGAGCCCGUGUAAUGUCUCUCACUGAUGGUCUAUCCAAGAUGUCCAAAUCUGCCCCUUCUGACCAGUCUCGGAUCAAUCUUCUAGAUCCAAAAGAUGUUAUUGUGAACAAGAUUAAACGCUGCAAAACAGACUCAUUCUCAGGCUUGGAAUUUGACAAUCCAGAAAGGCCUGAGUGCAAUAACCUUCUAACGGUAUAUCAGCUUGUUACUGGACGAACCAAAGAGGAAAUUGUCCAAGAGUGCCAAAACAUGAACUGGGGUGUCUUCAAAUCUAUCCUUACAGAUGCACUUAUCGAUCAUCUAUCUCCUAUUCAGGCCCGGUAUGAAGAGAUAACAUCAGAUGCAACUUUCCUUGAUAAGGUACUGCAAGAUGGUGCUUUGAAAGCUGCCGAUCUAGCAGAUGCGACUCUCAAUAACGUUUACCAGGCAAUGGGAUUCUUGAGAAGAUAGAAACACCAUAAUCUGCCAUCGGCAUUUUUUAUUGAGCAAUGCAACUUAAAUUUAAUUGUUUUGGAUGAUUCUUUUGCCCAAUACUUAGCUAUGUUUAUAUCCCUAUUAUGUAUAAAGUUUUGAUUUUUGUGAACUUCGGCCUGCCAACAGUAACUUUGGGGAAAUACAUUGUUAAGAGGUAAUUUGUGUC